UUUUAAAUUAAUAAUAAACUUAAUAUUAAAAAAAAAGGUAUAUAUAUAUAUAUUAUCUCAUGGACAGUUAUCAUAACAGACAAAGUGCUAAAGAGCACGGAAAAACUGCGGAUAAUUUUUUCGGAAGCUCAAUAACAAGCUCUCUGCGCUAUAUAUAAGUUUUUUCCAUCAAAAGUAAUCUACUCAAACGGCCGUUGCAAUGAUGAAUCAGGAUAAUCCUUAUGCGAUGAAUCAGACCUGUAAAGUCUGUGGUGAACCAGCGGCCGGUUUCCAUUUUGGAGCCUUCACCUGCGAAGGCUGUAAGUCCUUCUUCGGUCGCUCCUACAACAAUCUCUCCUCUAUCAGUGAUUGCAAGAACAACGGUGAAUGCAUCAUAAACAAAAAGAAUCGCACAACAUGUAAAGCGUGCCGCCUGCGUAAAUGCAUUUUGGUGGGCAUGUCCAAGAGCGGCUCGCGUUACGGCCGCCGUUCGAAUUGGUUUAAAAUACAUUGUUUACUACAAGAACAACAACAGCAAGCUGCUGCAGCCAUGGCUGCGCAUCAUAACAAUCAGCAACAGGCAGUCGCAGCUGCUGCAGCCGCCGCAGCAGCACAACACGGUGGUCCACCAAUGAUGGCAGGCCAGAAACCAACGCUUGGCAUGCCGCCACACGGCACGCCUGGCAGCGCUGCAGCAGCGGCAGCACUUGGCAUGUUGGGUCAUGCAGGCGCCUAUCCUGGUUUAUACCCGCCACGCUCGAAGGAGGAACUCAUGAUGUUGGGCAUUGAGGAGUUUGCCGCGGUAGCAGCGGCUAAUAAACAUGCCGCUACGGCGUCACCUUCUGUUAGCUCGCCUGAUUCACACAACUCGGACAACUCGCUGGAUGUAAGUACGCGUGGUAAUGCGAGUGCAAGCGCACUGCUGCAUAUGAGCGCAAAACAUGCUGUUGAGGUGUCGGGUGGUGCGUCAGCAUCUACAACGGUGCCACCGUCACAACAAGUACGCAAAGACUUGCCACCCUUCCUACCAUUGCCGUUCGCCGGACUCGGUUCGAUGUCGGUCAUGCCGCCGCCACCCUUUCUGCCACCCUCACACCUGCUCUUUCCCGGCUACCACCCUUCGUUGUAUACACAUCACCAAGGUUUGCUGAAAACAGCGGCUGAACAUCAUCAGGCAGCGGCAGCAGCCGCUGCGGUGCAUCAAUUAUUCAACGCGAAUAAUGUGGCGCAAGCUCGUCUGCCCACCACUCUGCAGGCGCCCAGUCCGCCACUGAGUGCAAACAAUAGUAAUAAAUUGGAUGUGUGUAAGGACACCGAGCAAGUGAUGCCGAGACCGAAGAGUGGUGAUGCGCUCAAUAAUAAUCACAUAACUAACGGCAGUAAAGCAGCUGAAGAGCUAACGAAACGUUUCUAUUUGGACGCCGUACUCAAAUCGCAACGCAAUAGUCCACCGGCUAUCAUGCCAACGACGGCAACGACGACCACAACGACGAAAUUGCCAGAGCAUACGAAAAUUGAUUAUUCAAUUUCGGCUUUGGUCACGCCAAAUUCGGAAAGUGGCGCGGAGCAUCGUAUUAAUCGUCAAAGUAAUGAUGAUGAGGAUGAGCGCGAGAGCAACGCACGACGAACUACAGCUACAAAGAGUACGCCGCCUAAUACAGCUGACGACAUACGCUCAUGCGCUGGUAACGGCGGUGGUGAUGUUAGUCGUACAACAAAGGCUUCAAGUGAUGCUGAUGAGGAUGAAGAACUGGAGGUCUCCAUGACACCGCCAAGCUCACCAGCAAACUUGCGAGCAACCAGCUUCGAAAGCAAUACAAAAACCGCCAACCCUACCAUCACAUCCACACCUGCCACUCUACCUAUGCCCGCAAUCGCAUCACCAGCAACCAGUACCCCGCCUGUUGUCACGACCGCUAAGUCGACUCUCCAACAGGACAAUCCCAUGGACUUGAGUAUGAAGACAAGUAGUUCGGUAGCGAGCAGCUCGCUGAGUAGCAAAUGCAGCUCAACUGGCUCUGUUCAAGCGACGGACAGCGACACAGAAAUAGAGUGCGUAACGGAACAAGAACCUGGCGAGUCUCGCAGUUUUGCUAAUGCUGUCGAUAAACAGUCCGAAGUGUCUAUAAAUGAAGAUACCGAGGAAGAGAUGCUACAAGUGGAUGUUGAGGGCUUGGAUAAGUCUCCCGAGAAACAAGCACCCCAACAAUCAAACAACAACAAUAAUAAUGAAAAGAACAGUAAUAAUAACAACAACAAUAACAGUGAAAGCAAUAAUCACCCGAAUAAUAACAACAAAAGCAACGAUAGUGACAACCAUUCCACGCAGCAGCGCCACGACUCAAGCGACAGCGAUGAAAGCAUUUUGCAAUUGAAUAUUGUAAAGCGUAAAUUACACGCGAUCAGCGGUAAACAAACGGAGAAUAAAGCAUCCAGCGCAAAACGCUCAAAAUUUUCUAUGGAGUCCACUAACAUUCAACUGGACGUAGGCAGUGUGAUCAGCGCAGCAGCUAAACCAGUGAGCUGCACGACGGUACCUGGUGCGGCGACAACAACCACGCCAUUGGAUCUAACAACAAAGGUUUAGAUUUACACAUGUGUAUGUGUAUGUGUAUGUGUAAAUAUUUUUAUU